AUGGGGUACAGGUCGCUCACCAGGAGGAUAAAGCGGCUGCUUUCGACACGCCCUAACUUUAUGGCAAUGCACUACUAUUACUUGGGGCUCUGCAUACUUCUCGGGUCAAUCUUAAUUUACAUCCCUGGGGGUGUACCGUUUGUUGAUGCGAUAUUCUUUGCUUCUGGGGCUGCAACACAAUCAGGUUUGAACACCAUCGACCUAAACAAAGUCAAUACAUACCAGCAAAUCAUAACGAUACAUUGGUUUGAAAAGCGUUUCGAGCACAUUGUCCUAGAGGCCAAGGAGAAUCGAGAGCUUCGUCGUACGAUUUCCUUAGCACGACGUUCAAAGGAAGUGAUCGGGAAUGAUCACUUUAUUGAGCGUGGAAUAUCUCAUCCAAGGUCCCCGGAUGAUAUUGGUGUCCUCCCACCUCUGCCAGUUGGUGUGGCCCAACGAACUGAGACAUCACAUGCAGUAGUUGUCAAUACUACCAGAACAACCUUGGAUGAACCUGGUAUUACAGAGCCAACAUCACCGCGUAUUAUAUGGGAUGUACCUAUUCCCGCCCGUGCAGAAGGUGGGGUAGAGGAGAAAAACGAUAUCGAAAGGCCCAUCAACUUCGAGCCACCACAAUCGAGUAUAGUAAAUAGAAGUUCACUUGAUACAAUUCAAGAUGACCUUGAAAUUUCUCGUGUCGAGAGUCGAAGAUCUAGACCACGCUCCAGAUCUAGGUUUGGGGCCCGGGACAAUUCAACUUCAAGAUCAAUGGCAAGGUCUCGCCGUGGCCGUUCUAGAUCAGCGUCACCAAUCAAAACCCCAUAUCUCUCAUAUACACCAAGCAUUGGUAGAAACUCGCAAUUCUACGAUCUUAAUGAUGACCAACGGAAUGAACUUGGAGGAAUCGAAUAUCGGUCGUUAAAAACAUUAUCCUGGAUUCUUAUUGGGUACUACGUGAUUAUCCAUUUUCUUGGCAUUAUCGUUCUUGUACCAUGGGUUCUACGAAGCCAGGAAUAUGGAGACCUUGUCAAAGAUCUUGCGCUGAACAAAGUCUGGUGGGGAAUUUACACUGCUAUGACAUGUUUUAAUGAUGUUGGAUUCACCCUUACACCGGAUUCUUUCAUCUCCUUUCAGAAAGCAGCCUUUAUAUUAAUUUUCUGCGGUCUUCUGAUUGUGGUUGGAAAUACUGGAUUCCCUCUAUUUCUGAGAUUUAUUAUCUGGAUUUUAUUCGUUCUAUGUCCAGAGAAAUAUGUCGACACAAAAGAUGAACUGAAUUUCCUCCUUGAUCACCCUCGCCGAUGCUUUACAUUAUUAUUUCCUAGCAGGCCCACCUGGUGGCUCUUCGGGAUAUUGGUGGGAUUGAAUCUUGCAGAUGUCAUCCUUUUUCUUGUGCUGGACUAUCAAACACCUGUCGUCAAAUCUCUUCCUGUUGGUCUUAGAAUCGUAAAUGCAUUUUUCCAAGCAGUUUCCACCCGAACGUCUGGCACAGCAUCAAUUCCUUUGGGCGAACUUCACCCAGGCAUACAAUGCAGCUACCUUGUGAUGAUGUAUAUAUCCGUUUUACCGCUUGCAAUUAGCAUUAGAAGAACAAACGUAUACGAAGAGCACUCUCUGGGGAUAUACGUCGACAAUACACCACAGGCGAGUGAUGGAGAUGAAGGGAAAUAUAUUAUGGCACACGUCAGACGACAACUCGAAUUUGAUCUGUGGUAUGUAUUUCUGGGGUUGUUCCUGAUUUGUGUUGCUGAAGGAGGGCGUAUCGCGGAUGCGAAUGAUUAUAAGGCCUUCACUGCUUUCAGUGUGUUCUUUGAGGUUGUUAGCGCCUAUGGAACUGUUGGUCUUAGUUUAGGAUACCCUGGGCUCAAUUGCUCACUAUCCGGCACCUUUACUCCUUUCAGUAAACUAGUGAUAAUUGCCAUGGAGAUUCGAGGUCGCCACAGAGGCCUUCCAUAUGAUGUUGAUAGAGCUGUUUUGCUUCCUAGCGUCAACACACCCGACUCAACUUUUGCUCCCGAUGGUACACGUUUACAGCGAAUUACAAACUCUAGACAAAGCGUUCAUAUCGCGGAGGAUUAG